CCUCCCCUUCCCUUUCCCGUUCCUCCCGGCGGGACGGCGAGGGGCCGAGGGGGCCAUGCGCGGCGGCGAGGAGGCGUCGGGCGGGCGGCGGCGGUAGCGGCCAUGGUUGGCCCCGGGGGGCUGCGGGAGGUGCGGCGGCUGUGCCACUGGGGGCCGCUGGUGGCCCUGUCCGUGGUGAUCGUCUGCUCCGCCACCGCCAUCGCGGACGCCGUGCUGUGGUACUGGCCCCUGGACACGGCCGGGGGGAGCGUCAACUUCAUCAUGCUCCUCAACUGGACCGUCAUGAUUCUCUACAACUAUUUCAACGCCAUGUUUGUCGGCCCCGGGUACGUCCCGCUGGGGUGGACACCGGAAAAAUCUCAGGAUUGCAUGUAUCUCCAGUACUGUAAAGUGUGUCAGUCUUACAAGGCACCACGUUCACACCACUGUCGAAAGUGUAACAGGUGUGUCAUGAAGAUGGAUCACCAUUGUCCUUGGAUCAACAACUGUUGUGGUUACCAGAAUCAUGCAUCUUUCACUUUGUUUCUCCUCUUAGCACCACUAGGAUGCAUUCACGCGUCUUUCAUAUUUGUAAUGACUAUGUACACUCAGCUUUACAACAGAAUAUCUUUUGGGUGGAGUUCUGUAAAAAUUGAUAUGAGUGCAGCCAAAAGAGACCCUCGAACCAUUAUUCCCUUUGGACUGUCUGCAUUUGCUGCAUCUUUAUUUGCCUUAGGUCUGGCGUUAGGAACAACAAUUGCUGUUGGUAUGCUGUUUAUUAUUCAGAUGAAAGUCAUUUUGAAAAACAAAACUUCAAUCGAGUCCUGGAUUGAAGAAAAGGCCAAAGACAGAAUCCAGUACUACCAAACAGAUGAAACCUUUAUUUUUCCAUAUGAUAUGGGAAGUAAAUGGAAAAACUUCAGGCAAGUGUUUACGUGGUCUGGGAUUCCUGAGGGAGAUGGCCUGGACUGGCCAGUGAGAGAAGGCUGUCAUCGAUACAGUUUGACGAUAGAGCAACUGAAACAGAAAGCAGACAAGCGAGUAAGAAGUGUGCGAUAUCGAGCCAUAGAAGAUUACAGUGGUGUCUGCUGCCCUGUGACUAAAGGUGUUAAAACAUUCUUCACAACGCCAUGUACUGAAGAACCUAGAAUUGCACUGAGUAAAGGGGAUCUGAUUUUAGCCACGAGAGGCUUAAAACACUGGAUGUAUGGUGAGAAGAUUCUUAACUCGGCUGGUGAUGGUGGAAUAAGAGAACGAGGCUGGUUCCCUAGGAAAUGUGUGGAAAAAUGCCAGUAUGACUCUGAAACGGAUCAACCAGUGGAUGGAGAGAAGAAAAGCAGAUAGCCUUCUCAUUUUUUUUUUUUUUAAUAAGAAAUGGAGUUUUUUACUUCGGACCAUAAUCCUUUACUUGAAAUUUUCUGUAUAUUACUUUAGACUUAUGCAAUGACUAUGUUGGAGCAAGAUUUUCUUUUCCUCACAGUUGAAAGGGUUGGAUAUGCCUGUGCCAUGGUUUGCAUUCUUUUUUUGACAAUAAAUAACUGAAGAAGCCAUUCAGUGGAUUGCCUUCAAGAUGGAUUUUUCUCAUCCCAAGUCAGGUUUCUUUCUGCUGUUUAAACUGCAUUCUGAGCAGCCAUCUUUUACGGUUUUUUUUCCCACAACUGCAUCUGUUGUGAUGCUUGAUACAUAUCUCUCGUAUUUUACUUUCUUUGAAGCUGCCCCCUGAAAUAUACAGAAUAAAUCUCUAAUUCAAAUUCAAGAUAAGAUUUGUUACCCGUGACUUUUAAUGAUGUGAAUUAUCCACCUCAAAUAAAUAAUAUGUUCAUAUUUA